GCGGGCCCGCCUGACACUGUUUAUUUGCAUUCCAAUCUACCUGCACAGCUAUUUAUGAGCCUGGACCUUGUCCCGGCCCAGCCACCGGCUGGAUUUCUGGCCCCGCUCGGCUUCCGCUCAUUUCCCAGCCAGGAGUUAGCAAGGUGCCCGGUCCCCAGAAAACCUGAAUCCGGGAGGCCGUGGAGGGGGCCGGGUCCUCCUGAGAGCCUGCGUGCAGCCACCAGAGCCCCUAAGACGGCGGGAUGACCACGGAACCCAGGGACGUCCUGGUGCAGCUGCCCACGCGGGAGCAGCUGCGGCUGGUUGUGGGGGUGCGGGCCACCUGUCGUGAGCUCUUCCAGAGGGUGUGUGAUGUGACCAGCAUCAAAGAAGCCCACUUCUUUGGCCUCAGCGUGGUCAGAGACAAUGAGUUCAUGUUCAUGGAUUUGGAGCAGAAGAUCAGCAAGUACUUCCCCAAGGACUGGAAGCGGCAAGUGCACAAAGGUGGGAGGCCCCGCGCGCCCUUCGUGAGCUUCCUCAGGGUGCAGUACUACGUGGAGGACGGCAGGGUCAUAAGCGACAAGACGGCCAGGCACCUGUACUACUGCCACCUGAAGGAGCGUGUGCUGAGGUCCGAGUGCACCCACCGGGAGGAGGCCUACUUCCUGCUGGCCGCCUACGGGCUGCAGGCCGACCUGGGCAACCACCGGGAGCUGGUCCACGUGGGGAGGUACUUCGAACCGGAAGCCUACUUUCCACAGUGGAUCAUUGCCAAGAGGGGCACCGCCUACAUCCUCAGGCACGCGCCCGCCGUGCACCGUGAGCAGCGGGGCCUCGACCCCAAGGAGGCAGUGCUGCGCUUCAUCAGGGAGGCCUGCCGGCUCGAGGACGUGCCCGUCCACUUCUUCAGGCUGUACAAGGAUAAGAAGGAGGACAGGCCUACCAUCGUCCUGGGACUGACCCUCAAGGGAAUGCAAGUCUAUCAGGAGGCGGACCACGCUCCCAAGCUGCUCUAUGACUUCCCCUGGUCCCACAUCGGGAAGCUGGUGUUUCUGGGGAAAAGGCUGGAGAUCCAGCCGGACGGGCCGCCGUCGGCGCGGAAGCUGGUGUAUUACACGGGCUGCGCCUCGCGCUCCGGCCACCUGCUGCGGCUGUUCAGCGCCACCCACCUGCUGCGGCUCACGCUGCGACCCACCCUGCGGAGGCUGCAGCAGCUGGAGGAGGCGGAAGAGAAGCAGCACUAUCGGGAGUCCUACGUCAGCGACACGCUGGACCUGGACCGAGACCCGGGUGACAAGGGCUCCCCGGGCUCCCCCCGCAGCGGGCGUGGUGGCCGGCAGCUCCCGGAGCACCCGUCCCUCGGCUCGGCUGACAGCGGCAGUAGCCCCCGCUUGCGAGGCAUCGAGGCAGACGCCGGGCCCGCGGAGCCCUGGGGGGUGUCGGUGGACGAGCCCUGGGGCACCGAGGCCGUGCUCGGGGAGGCGCCACCCUGCAGCCCCAGCACCAGCCAGAGGAGCCACGGCACAGACGGUGGCCGCGGAGGCGGGCGCGAGGGGGAGGCCCAGGACCGGGGAGACGUUCCCCAGUGUGGCCUGACCCCCCAGCACCACGAGGCGGCCUUAGGGCCUGGGGCUUGCGGUCUGCAGUCCAGUGUGAACAAUACUGUUGAUCCGCGGUUCGCCCCGUAA